AUGAUGGCGAUGACGGUUUCCGUCUUCGUGCCCCGCCGUUUCCGGCCAUCCCACGGCGACGCAAGGAUAAAAGGAUUCCCCUCCUCCAUCCGAUGCAUCCCGUAUGCUUCUGCCCUCGGUCAGUCCUCCCCUCCUUUUGUUUUCCGAUCGAGAGUCGAUACUGCCAUUAGCGAUUCUAUGGCUGCCAUUCAAUUCAAUGAUGCCGAUGUGGCUGCUGGGGCUCUGCGACUUGACCAGACCCUGAUUGGCCGGCUCUGUGGCCCGCUCCCAUCCCUCUCAACGCUGCGAUCGAUUGUUGGGCGAGUCUGGAAAUGUGACUUCUCGUUGGCGUUUGUGGAGUGGGACCUUCUCCAAUUCGUUCUUCCUAAUCCAGCAACCGCUCAAAGGAUCCGGGCUGGGUCUCCAUGGGUGUUCGAGAAGUUUCUCAUUCAGGUCCGGCAAUGGGAAACCCCAACGGCAGAGCUGGCGUCGGAGCUCAUCCGCGUGCCCCUGGUGGCGCAACUUUGGGGAGUUCCCUACAACUGCUGUACCGAGCGGCUGGGUUCCUUGCUUGGGGCUGCCCUCGGCCCGUCGGAGCCAGCCACAAUCCACCGGUCGAUCUCUUCCGGCGGGCUAUACAUCCGGACAAAAAUCACUCUGGACCUACAACUUCCCCUGCCAGACGAGGUCUCGGCUGCACAUGAGGAUCCCUCGAAGGGGCAUUUCAAAGCUAAGGUGAAAUUCGAGUCUCUUCCGCAAUUUUGCUUUCUCUGUGGCGUGGUUGGUCAUGUGAACAGGUUUUGCCCCCGAAGGGAAGAACUAUCGGAUCAAGCUCCACGAUAUGGUAAGGAGUUGGUGGCUCGAGAGUUUGGUCCGCGGGUGAACGAGGGUACUUUGGCUCGUCGACGCAAGAGAUUUGUGUGGACUCUAGCGGGGAAUCACCCAGGUGCUCCAGGAGCAGGUCUCAUCCGGUCAAGACAGCCUAUUCGGGGGACUGGCCAAGGCCCAAAGCUGCAGCCUCCUUCUCUCCAGUCUGGCAUGGCCUCACAAUUGGGGCAACUAUGCAUCUCGGCUGAUCCUUAUGCCCAGCCGGACUCAUCCUUGGGGAUUGCUCAUCAACCUGCUGCAGAAGUGGUAAUCUCGCCUGAACCGAUGGCCAAGAAGCCACGCCUGGGGGCUGUUGCUCAGGAGAAUGCUUAUUUAAUCGAGGGGGUGGAGGAAACCGGCCCUAACCGGUCCCAGCCGCACCCAUGA